CUGAAUCUAAAAGAGAGCCCAAGUUCUUUACGGAAUCCUUCUCGCUUCCUAGAGUUUGCUUAUCAACUAAGCUAUUGCAGGCACAUAUUCAAAGUUUGAGAAUGACUGCAAUAUAUUCCCUCUGGGUUCAAUCCAAUCCCCAGCUCCUCCCUAAGAGAAGGGAAAUCAAUAACCGAGCUCUGUCAAACUCUGAAGCAAUUCGACAUCAAAUAGCCUUCGAGAUCAACAAGCAAAACAUCAACAAUGUCGUGCAAUUCAAUUAAUGGGGAAUUUCCAGACAUAUGGGACUGGAUUUCUGCACUACCGGCGGCCUCAGAUUGGCAGAAGGAUGUCAAGUCUCUCAAUCUCUGCAACGGCUCACAGGUUUCCUUACUCUUUUCUGCCAUUAAAAAGCCUGGUUCUCAAGGCAGGGAGGAGCAAGUUAUUUUUUCACUGCUUGCAGAUUUCCAAUUUUCAAUCCCAUUAUGGACAUCAGACCCAUGUAAACUCCAUCCAAAAGAGAAGGCCAUGUAUGGUCUUUUCCUAAAUUUUAUAGAGGGCAUCUUGCUCUACGGUCCACAAAAGCAGGUGCCCCGAAUUGAAAGCCAUAUAGACCAGGCGACGGUCAUGGGUUCGAAGCACUCGAAGGGCAUGUUUAACUGCGCAUUUCUGGCAAUGGCGCUGUGCGUUUGCUAUUACGAGGCGCCAGGGGAUAUCAGGUCAUGCUGUGUGGAAGCUAUAGAGCGGGAACUAGAGAAAGAGGUUAAAAAUAGGGAUAAUUGGAAGGCGGUGCUUGAGGCAGUUGGAAGCAAAAUUGAAGAGCAGGUGAUGAGAUCCAUAGCCCUGCUCAUAACCAACAGGAUUUUCUUACCCAGCAAAGAUCCGGACAGUUUGGCCUGGGAUAGAAGCUUAACUAAGCGAAUUCCCUCGCCCUAUUCUUAUAGUGCCUCCACUAAUGGCCUCUGGAAGAUUAGGGUUUAUACACCUGUUUUAGCUAUGAAAGUUGUGGAUAAACAUUCCAGUUCUAAGGACGAAGGACUUGCUGUCGCUUUAAGUUACCUGCACGUUGAGGCGGUUCUGCAGCUCAGCUAUGUGUUAAAGUUCACUCCUGACUGGAUCGAGGUUCGUGUGAAGGUGGACAAUAUAAGAUGCAAUGUUGUUCCUCUGGUAUCAGAAGAGGUAAUGGAGGAAUGCGCGCUUUCAGAGGAGAAGCAUUUUCCUUCCAGAGUCUCAAUCGAGUUGGCCCCUGAGAACGAGACGAAGCUUCUGGCGGUGUCAUUGAAUAUGUCUUCUGCCAACCCUUCUUACGAGAUGAGCAGCGAAAGGAGCGUGGAGACAGGGUUCGAACCCCCAAGCAGCUUCGCUGUUCUGAAAAUUGCAGGCAAGGAAGGAUCAACAGUGAGCAUGAAAGCUUGGAAGAUGGAGCAAUCUGUGCAGCGGAGCCAGGGCAUUUUCGAUUGGGCUCUCUAUGAUACUCUCACCGCUAAACAAGUCGCCUCCUCCAGGCCCUCCAAGAUGGAGUGGGUGCAGCCCAAGGCCUGGUUUAGGGACAGAUAUUCUUCUGCCCUCAGUCCUUUCACCAGAGAAGGUGGGGUUGUGUUUGCUGGGGAUGAGUAUUCUGAGGAUAUAAUUUGGAAGGUGAAAACAGACAUGGAAGGGAAGAUAAUGAGGUGGGAAGUGGGAGGAAGCAUCUGUGUUACUUAUUGGCCCAACAAGUACAGAACUUUCUUCUGUGAAACCAGGUGCCUGCGCUUCUCUGAGUCUCUUGACCUGCCUCUCCUACGCAGCAGCAAGUAAUAUGUUCAGAGAACAAGUCUACAAGGAGUUUAAGAAAAGCUGUAAAUAAGCAAAAACAAAUGGUCUGUAAAUAGAGAAGAAGUUUAGAAGAUCAGUUUCUUCGAAUUAUAUUGUCUUGGUUUAAAUUGUAUAUAUUUUUUUUCAUCAUAUUCAGUGAUCAAACAGGAGAGGAAAAAUGAGUUAUAUCCUAUCUUUUUUUGGCAAACUGUACUUGUAAAUUUGAAUUCUAUAUAAUAUUAUUUGUA